GUUUCAGUGCAGCAAAGUCGUCACUGAUGCUGAAGACAGUGACGGUGACGACACGCCGAGGAAACAGAAGGUCAAGAAAGUUCUCGUCAAGUGGGAUAUCGAGCCAGAGGAAAUGGUGCAAGACAUCAACGAAUUGAGAGGCUUCCGAAUGGUGAUGACAGACCUAGGAGGUCCCGAACGCGAGGUCGUACGCGUGAAGUCCGACGCCUCUCACCUCUCCCGAGUUUCAGAUCGUAAGUCAACGCAACGCUCCCUGCAGCAGCUCGAAAAUGUUUUCGGAGAACCGGACAGUGACGAGGAGCACGAGGAGGCAUCCUUGCAGCCUGUCUCGCCCGCCGAGGUACAGGCUGUCCAAGAGGAAGAGGUACGCCUUGACAUUGACGAAGCAGGUGCCCUCAAGGUGCAGGCGUACGAGCACGGGGAAGCGGUCUUGUACUUUUCUGCUUCGCAAAACUGCUUCAUCCCAGCUGUGAUAGAGGGGCGUGGCAGCUUCGACGAUGAUGGCCUGCCUUUGUACAGCGUGAUCGUGGGCAGAGGCAAACAGCUUCGGACGCCAGUGCCCAUGCAGCUUCUGCGAGCACCGCUUGCACCGGGAAUACGCGUGGAGGUGUUCUCGGAAGC